AUGAUAACGAAAAUUCUGAACGGAUGGAGAAUUUCCUUUUUCUUCAAUCUGGCCACCUUCAUAAUUCAACAACUUGGAUUGUAUUAUAUCCUCUUCGAAUACAAUAAACUUAUAUUGCUGCUAUGCACCUUCGACAUAUACAUUUUUAUCCAUUUUUGUUUCAACAACUCCCAAUCGUUUGCUGCUGUUAAGGGAGGGAAUUGCUGGAUACUGUAUGUCUACUCCAUCUCUUUUAAAGUAAUUUUUAUGUACUUUUUUGCUUUUAAUGAUAAUACUUAUUCAGAAGAUACAGACAAAGAUUAUUACAACAAAUGCAUUAUAUUUGUUCUCCUAAGUUUAAGUACUCUUAUAUAUACCUCCCUAUCAAUUGAAUCGCACAAACAGUUGUACCCAGAAGAAAUUUCCAUAUCAAAUGAAAAAAUUUUCCACAAUAACUUAAUCCUACAUGUUGCAAUAGACUUAUUUGAUAUAUUCGAUUUGCUGUUUACUCUUGUCAAGUUGUCUUACAUUGUAAGGAAUACAAAUUUUUGGAUUAAAAUAAUUGGAGGGGUACUAAUUUCUUUUUCUCUCUAUUUAAACGCUUAUUCAUUUCCUAUCAUUUCCUUAGUGACAGAAAAAAAUAGAAAAAAUUUAGAUCUUGGUGAUAUAUAUUUUUGCAGAAAACAUGCAGCUGUGAUUGGUAUUAUACUGGUUGAUAUUCCUUUCAUGAUAUUACGUUUUUACUUCUUAGCUUCCUACUUUUCAAGUGUUCAUUUCCCUCCUCUUCUAAUUAAAAAUGUCUGUUUCAUCCCAAUAAAAUGCCGCACUAUAAAGCACUGCAAUUUGGUCUUCGAGAGGUUACGUCGAAACAUAGACCACACAGAUAAUGCAGCUCAAGCUAAUGAAUCUCUUUUGCUUGUAAAACAUAAGAGUAAAAACAAUGUUGUAACGAAAUCAGACGAUAGUGCUCUCAUUCCUUAUGGUUCCCCAAAUGGAAACAAAUCAAGUUUUAUGAUGAACAGACCAUCCACGGGUUUUUUUAAGAAAAGGCCGAUUGUGUCGCUAAACGGCUUAGGGUGCAACAACUCCCUUGACUUCAAGUCGAUGCACUCGAUAAGGAAUAUCACGGAGCGACCAUCGAAUCAGGUAGCGAACGAGGAAGAAAAGGAGGCACCAAAUAAAGCGGCAUAUCAGGCGGCAAAUCAGGAAGAAGAUCAGACAGGAAAACAGCUAGCAAAUCAGCUAGCGAAUCAGCUAGCGAAUCAACUGGCGAACCAUACUCCGAACCAGCUUAGUGGCGCGAAAAAGAAAAAUGAGAGAAGAAGAUGUGACGGGUUGCAGGAAUUUGUUCACGCUGACGAGCAAGGAAAGACACAAGCCCAAUUACAAGUGGAUCUGAAGGAGUACUUUGAAAACAUGAUUGAAAAGCAGGUAGAAGCAUUACGAAAGCUAAACAUAAGAAAAAACAAAAUUGGAAAGAAAUUCACCAUGAAUAAACUGAUGUAUACAAAUGGAUCGAACAAUGAAAGGUAUCAUUGCUAUUUGGAUGAUAGUCUGAAGGUAUCUUAUUUGAAUCAGAUACGUUUAAUAAUUCCAUAUAUAAUAUAUUGUGUAGGGAAGAUUUCAAUGUCCAUUGUGAUUUAUUUUUUUUACACCAAAAUAGACAUUAAUGAAUUGAAAAUAAUUUUAACCCAAUCAGAUAUGUAUUUCAAAUUAUUUGAGCAUAAUCAUAUAAUGUUUAUCAUUUCGUUCUUUAUUAUCCUUGGGAAUUCAAUCAUAUCUUUUUUCUGUUCUAUAUUUUUGUCUAAUAUAAUUGAAGUUUUAUUUUUUACAUUCUUCAUAUUUAUAAAAUGUGCAUCCGAUUUUUUAUUUCUACUAUUGCUUGUAUAUAAUAACAUUUUCGAAAUAUUUUUGAGGAAUAUGAACAAGUCAGAAAUGUAUGCACCAUAUUUUUAUCUCCUAUUCGCAAUCAUACCGUCCUUCAAAAUUAUAAGGAAUAUUUAUGUAUUCUUGUGCUCACUCUCUGGAAGACAAUUUAUAGGUUAUAUAAUUCGUCCUUUCAUGAAUCAGAAUAGUAAAAGUAAAUUACCAACUUUUUUAAGUAUUAACCCAGGAGGAGGCAUAGAAGGAGUGAGUGAUUAUUCCCCAAGUCGAGUCUAUCACACUGACGAAUUGAAUCUGCUAAGUACUAAUGAAUCAAGCUAUAAAAACAAUUUCAAAGGAGAUUAUAAAGGAUUCAUAUCAAUUGCAUCUCUUUUAAUUUACAUUAAUACAAAACAUAUGCAUGGAUUAUCAUCCCUUUCAAUUCUGAUAAUAGGAAAUAAUUUUAUCAAAAAUUUAAGACUUAAUUAUAAUUUAAAGAAUAAUCAUGUCUUACUCAUCCUUUUAACAUUUUUCACCAGAUUUAUCUUGCUUCUUUUUAUUUGCAUCCAUCAUAAAUCCAAAAUUUUUGCAGAUGACUCUGUUCAAAAAUUUUACUUUACAGUUUUUCUCCUCUUUACCUUGGAUAUUCUUUUUAAAAUUGGCUAUCUCGUUAUAUCACACAAUAAACGAUUGUGUGCUGCCUACAAUCUACACCUCAAAUCCAUGUAUCAAGAUAUCUACUACAACACCAGGAAUAGACCAUACCAGCAGAAGCAGAACUAUUACUUGAAGGAUCUCUAUGCCAAGUACCAGCUUAACAGCUUUUACGUUCGUACGGUUCCCCUCUUUUCGGAGUUCAUCUAG